AUGCGAGACAAGCAGGAUACAGGGAUACAUUUGCAAAAACAAAAGAGCGCAGUAGACCCACGUCAGCCUACUGUAAAUUUGGAACCGAACUUAGACAUUGAUGAAUUGGUAGAUCCCGAGGAAUUCUUUGUGGCAUUUGAAAGGGCCGAAAAUGCCAAAAGAGAAAUAGAGAAGCUGAUGGGUACUGCUCUGAUGGAUUUGGAUCAAAAUAUUCGGUCCAUGUCUGCAAGGCCUCGUCGUCCUGGAAUGUUGCGGAGAUCGGUUAAAUAUAAACAUCCUUAUUAUACUGCUUUCUCCCCUGUAGAAAGCUUUGAAGAGGAAAUUCGCAGUCCCCUUUGCCAUUCAAAAUCAGAAAAUUCUGACCAGAAUGUUGAAUUGCAAGAGACAGAAUUGAGUGUGGCCAAUGCAGAGAACAAGGUUAGUGAACUUCUGGACCACUUGCUUACCAGUAAUUGUGAUGGAGAUGACACAAUCAAUCUUCUCCAAGAGAGGUUGCAGAUUAAACCUAUUGAUCUGGAGAAUAUAUGCCUUCUCGAAUUGCAAGAUAUUCGAAAGGUAGAUUUGAAGUCUUCUAGAGAAAGCUUGGCCAAGCCUAAAAACUUGCUAUCAGACAUACAUAGUUUGAUGGAAGGGUUCAGUAAAAGGACACUAAAACAAAAACCAGUUAAUCAGUUAGUUCAUCCCACUCCAUCAUGAAGUCCAUUGGCAUACUCAGUCAUUUCAAGAAGCCCAAAUAAUAAGACAUGAACCCUAAAUCAGUCAUUUCAAAUUCUUUCGACAUACUUUUUGAAAUCUUCAAUCAUUGUUGGGUUGCUCCCUAAGA